CAGCUAAACUGAAGGACUCUGUGUUUCAGGGCUGUACAAGAAAUCUGGGAAGUUAGUAUUCCUCGGCCUGGACAAUGCUGGCAAGACGACACUACUGCACAUGCUCAAAGAUGACCGACUGGGCCAGCACGUGCCAACCCUACACCCCACCUCAGAGGAGCUGACGAUCGCUGGCAUGACCUUCACUACCUUUGACCUGGGUGGCCACGCUCAGGCUCGACGCGUGUGGAAGAACUACCUCCCAGCCAUUAAUGGCAUCGUGUUCCUGGUGGACUGCAUAGACCACACCAGACUGGCGGAGUCCAAGACAGAGCUAGACGCACUCAUGACAGACGAGACCAUCGGGAACGUGCCUAUCCUGAUCCUCGGCAACAAGAUCGACAAGCCCGAGGCCAUCAGCGAGGAGAAGCUGCGCGAGAUCUUCGGGCUGUACGGGCAGACCACAGGCAAGGGCACCAUCGCAGUGAAGGAUCUGAACACGCGGCCGCUCGAGGUCUUCAUGUGCAGUGUGUUGAAGAGACAGGGUUACGGAGAGGGCUUCCGCUGGCUCUCACAGUACAUCGACUAGAGGAACACACACACACACACACACACACAC